AAUGGUCUAUAGACUUUACUCAAGAUCAAACUAAUAUAAGCUUACCAAAUUUUUAUAAUAAUCCAUCCAUAGAAUGGUUUACAGAAUUUACUCAAAAUCAAACUAAUAAUAAUGUACCUACAAAAAUGUCUAUAGACCUUAUUACUAACAAUACGCUUAUGGAAUGGAAUGGAGAUUUUACUCCAAAUCAAACUAAUACAAGUUUGCUAAAUAUUAAUAAUAAUCCAAUUAUAGAAUUACCAGCAGGCAUUGCUCAAAACUAUGAGGAUCAAAUUAAUCAUAAUCUAUCCGUAGAAUGGACCGCAUGUUUUAUUCAAGAUCAAAUUAAUACAAAUUCGCCAAAUAGUUAUAGUACGGAAAUUACUCAACAUUAUGAGAAACAAAUUAAUACUUUACAAGAUAAUGCAGAAUCAGUUAAAGACAGUAAAUCUCCAAUUUCACUCCAUGAUGAACAUCUUAUUCUGGAUAUUCUUAAUGGUAUUCGCCCAAAAAUUCCAAUUGAUAUUCCACAAGAAUUAGUUAAAAUAAUGGAAA